AGUGCACCUUGUGAUCAACCUCCUUCCUAUGAACCCAGACAUCCAGCCUCUAGUAAAACAGCAACCCCCCAUUGCCUGCCCAGAGGAGCCUAAGGAGGGGCUGCUGCAAGAACAACAACCAACAGACAGCAAACACAACAACAACAAUGAAGGGGGAGCAAUAAAAAAGGGGAAAUAUUUAUUGCCCUUUGUUGUUCUAUUUAUUUCCCCCCACUGCUACAAAAGACCUUCAGGGAAAGACUUGGAGGCUGUGAGAAGAACUGAGCAGACUGCCUGGUUGUCAAAGCAAGAAUAAGCUGUUCUGCUAAAGAUACAUAGACAAAGAAACCUAUUCAUUGGAUCCUCCCAGUAGAAAGUAUCCGACUGAAGAAUAUCAACAACCACCAGUCAGCUGCAUGGAUGAGUCAUACAACAUGGAUCCUUAGCAGGCCAAAUUGGCUGGUGUUUUUCAGUGCCAAGAGAGGCCUUGUGGAACAAACUUGAUUUAGACUCUGUCCAGCUUCCCUCCACGGGGACCCGAUACUGUGACUGCACUAUGGUGGGCAGCGAGGAUCACAUGCAGACUUAACACUCAUUCUGUGCCGCGAUGAGCAGGUACAAGAGAGAAGAGAGAGCAAAAUGAAUGGCGGCAAUGAGAGUGGAGGAGGAGAUAACUAUGGAGGGACCUCAGCGGUCCAAGUGCCAAUUGGCUGGCAGAGGAGGGUGGAGCCUGGCACUGUGGUGUAUGUCAGUCCGAGUGGUACAUUUCUUACCUCUAUGGAUCAAAUAAGAACUUACCUUGUGACUGAUGGAACCUGUAAGUGUGGGUUAGAGUGUCCUCUUAACAUCUACAAGGUUUUUAACUUUGACCCCAAGGCAGUUGUUAAGAAGCGCAGUGCUGAGGAUGUUAAGGCUGAGGAAGACAUGACCAAACUGUGCAACCAUCGUAGGAAAAUUGUGGCCCUUGCCACUCUGUACAAGAGCAUUGAAAGUACUCCCCUUGCACUACAAAACCAAGCUACUGGAUGUGCCUCCACUCAAAACUUUCAUGGAACGUCCACUAGCCCAAAGAUGGGACAGCAUCCCUAUUAUCUGGAUCCUGACAUUUUCACCAAACUUAUGAUGGAAAAAACUCACAGUUUGCCUGCACACCACCCUGUGGAUAAAGGCUUAGAUCACAAGCCAGACCCCUUUGCUACCAGUCCAGGAGAAAGGUACUCUGGACACCGUCCCAGUAAUCGAACUGCUGUUCCCAAGCAGCAAGGGACAUCCCUGGGUGAGCCCCAUGCUUUAAGGAACUGUCAAAUACCAUCAAAUGGUAGUUAUGAGAUGUAUCCUAGGACUCAACAAGCCAUAUCCCAUGAGCUGUGCUCUAUCUCUUUUACACAACCUAAGUCUUCCAAAAACCGAUUAACAUACCCUUCGUGCAGUCAGGAACUUCAAAAUUUGUCCCCCAAGUCCUUGCCUCUAAGCUCUUGUAGUUUUGUGCCAGGUGGCACCUUCCCCAGGACACUAGAUGAAUCUUCUCAGGGUCCACGACGGCCAUUUGCCUUCCCUGAAAAGGAUCCACUUGGCAUUUUGGACUCCAGCAAUUGCAGGCCACCUAGUCCAAAGCAUCACCCACUGAACUCUCCACCACCCAUCCAUUCUCAGGUUCCUAUAAUGAACCCAUACCCACUUUCUGAUCAUAAUCCUGGAAAUCGCUGUUCUCCAGUGGUUUCUACACACUACUCUGCAUUCUCUAGGGGGGGAGUUCUGACAUCUCCUUCCACUACUAGGUCAUCAGUGUCCUCCAUUUCCUCUCCAGCUGGCAGUGUUGAACCAUCCCCUCAGCGUUCUCGCCACUCCUCUGCUUCAUCUGAGCACUUCCCUGGCCCUUGUAGGUCAAGUUCUAGAUCUCCACGGCCUGUUGACUCUCCUAAAUGCUCUGUUCCCCCUAGUCCAAAAGCAAUACUUGAAGGCCUUCCUCCAUUAGGUCAGGGUCACCUGGGAUCCUCCUCAAAUGCCAGCCAUGCCUUAACCCACCAAAGCAAUAAAACAACACCACCUGUGUCUUUGGGAGCAGCACAAGGAUUAUUGGGUUUUCCCCUUGGAUGCAUUUUAGGCCAGCAAAACAAUGCCUCCUUUCCAGCCAGUAGCCUUCUUACAGCAGCCGCCAAGGCUCAAAUGGCAAAUCAAACCAAACCAGAAGCCACCGCCCCAAGCACUUUACCAAGUCGGCUGCUGAACCCAAACACCUUGCUUUCCACUGCUGGCACACACGAAUGUCGGGGAAUCCCCAGCAGGACUUCCUCCCAGAGAAAAGAUGUAAUGAUGAAGCGUAAAAGACAGAGGAACUCUCCAGGCCUUAAUAUUAGUCCACAUUAUACUAGUGGGCAGUUACUUCCACCCACUAGUCCUAGUGGACAUGCUAAAUUUAACCCUGGCAUAUCUAAACUGGCAGGGAUUGGGGUACUGCUUGAAGAUGAUGUGGGAAAAUCCAAAGUUUUUCAUUCACACUUAGCUGCUGGUCAUACCCUCUUAUCUACUCAAACAUCUAACCCAUCAGUUGUGGAAUCCCCAAGCCAAAGCAAAAAUCCCAGCCUCUCUCCUGCUUCCCAGGACCUCAGCAGCCAUCUUCUUGGCCUUGUAGGACAGCUAGUCCAGACAGCUACAGAGCAGAACUCAGGGACUACAUUACCACUGAAGUUACCUUCAACCCCCAUUGUAACAAAUCCUGCUUCUUCAACUUUUCGACCCAACCAAUCCCCGGUUGCAAAGGCCUCACCUGCUCCCAGCCUGGCUCCGAGCAACAACAGUGAAGGCAGCAGUGAGUUACAGUGCCCACUGGGCCCUGCUGGAGACGGCUUUUCCUUCUUGGGCCAGGAACAGGUCCUGCCAUUUGCUGCUUCCCCUGCUCUGUUGAACUUAGCACUGCUGGGGUCAUUGCCACUCUCCCUCAGCUUGAACCAGCACCAACAGCUUCUGAAUCAAGGUCUGUUCAAUUUGCUAUCUUCAUCUUUGCUGGGUAAUGCAGACCUUGGCCUCCUGGGGCUCCAGAACCCACCUCUAGCCUUGCCUUCAGCUGUGGGAGACCCAGAGAGCAACGCUCUUCAGACUUUGCUAAUGGCAUCUCUUUUACAUAACCCCCUAUUACCAUUGGGGGGGCUUGGACUUCCACAACUUGACAUAUCACAGCAGAACCAACAACAAAGCAACCUCCUGUCAUCUUUAGCUCCACUGUUGGACUCUCUAUCCACAGCACCAACUGACACAACUGAGAAAACCGAAGCUCCCUUAGCCGUGCCUGAGAAUUUCACGGACAAUUCGCUCCAGUCACUACUCUUCCCUCCUGUCUCUGCCUCAUCUGCUCUUUUGGCACUAAACUCAGCGCUUCUGGCUGCCAGUCUUGGGGCUGUUGACUCAUCCACCUGCCAAGGACAGAACGCCAUCAGUACAACCUCUGCUGCAUCUGCCUUCAUUACCACAACCACUAACUCUGCCUUACCAGAGGGGAAAUCUACAUCCGAUCCACACAGCCCAUUCCAUCUCCAGCAAUCACAGGCUCCCACUGGCCGGCUUAACUCUCUGAUGCCACCUCUGCUUAACCCUCUGCUUACUGCUGGACUGUUAGGAGACCUUGCAGCACUGAAUACAAAUGCUAAUGCCCAGAUGCAGAGUCUCCAAACUCUUUUGGGAGCACAGACCCUACUCCCAAACCAGCAGUCAUUUUCCCCCUCACUACCAGGAGUCCUAGGGAUGCAGAUGUUGCAGGGUUAGUCGGUUAUGCAAAGUCAACGCACAAACCACCAGGCCAAUACUGCAUCAUUAUGUGAGAAAGAUGUCCACCUAUCUUCACAACCUGAAGGUUCCACUACUCUCACAGCUCAAACACAGUCAGCUUAUCAGCAGACUCCUGACUCUCUGCCCUCUCAGAAGUUGGACGUGGUCGGGAGGUCUCAAACUUUACCGCUUCCUCCCUUGCGACCUGGUUCUUCUUUUGCUUCCAACACCUCAAGUGCCUUUGAAACUGGACCUGCUCCCAAAGGCCCUACUUUUCAGGGACCAUCCCGUGCUGACAUCCCCCCUGAUACACCAUCUGACCCCCCAAGAACAGAUACCUUGCCCCAGUCAUUAGAUACUCUUUCCUCAGAGACAGAAUCAGAAGCAUCUCCACUUAAAAGGUGCCGGCUGCUAACUGAUUCUGUACUCUCUUCUGAGGUGCCCAAUGGAGCUACUACAAACCUUUUAUCAUGGAUGGGCUCUCACCAUCCUUCCAAUGCCUUAAGUUUUCCUGAAAUGGAGCUUACCAAAGGCAAGGAGCAAGGAUUCAGGUUUAAUGGUCGGGCACGGGGGGAAAGGUACUAUAGUCGUCGGCCUCGAGGGGAUAGGCUUUCCAACUCCCGUCACUCUUCAUACUGGAGGUACAACGGAGGGGAUACAGUACAGAUUGAAGGGGAAAUAAUGGAACACAGACAAGAACUGACACAAUCGGUGCUUGGAAUCCCUCCCUUUACUUCUCACUGGCAGGAAGAGGGUGGGCAGCUAAGGGGGCAGGAGGUGGAGGUGAGUUUGCUGUAUAUCCUCUUUGUACUUUAG